AUGGGCCUCUCCGGGCAGAAGCGAGUUCGCUUCAGCGACCUCAACCAGGAGCAGUUUUCCGCCUACGUGGAGACGCUGGGCGAGAAGAACGAGGAGAACCGAAAGAAGCGAAAGGUGCUCAAAAAGGCGGUCACCUUUGAGCAGAAGGAAAAAGAUGAAAAAGAAGAAGAUCAGAAAACAGCUUCAGAUGAAGGAAGCGGCGACCUCUUCAGCAUCGGCCUAACUCAGGCGGACUUUGCCAGUCCAAAAGAGGAGGAGGAAGCGGAGGAAAAGUCCAAAGAAUCCUCAAACACAACUGUCACCACUUGCAACGGCGCCGUCCUCGAGGAGGUGUCCUCAUCCUCAUCUCAAAAUGAUCAAAAGGAUUUCGAAAACGACCCUCAGUACGUCUACGACUACUACCUGAUGGUGGACUACGUGCUCAGCUUUGAGGAGACUAAGCCUAAGGAGGGAACAGAGGGUGAUGACCUCUGGGACGCCGACUCGAACGACGAGAACUACCGCUACAAUGACUACCCUGAUGAGGAUGAGUUCGACUCAGAGGGUGACAGCAGCAGCGGCAGCAGCAGAAGUGCCACCAACUUUGGCUUUGUCGGUUCGAAUUCGGAAGAUGAAGAUGAAGGAGAUGAACGAGAAGCUCAUCUUCGAGACAUUGACAGUGACCAGGACGAUUACCUCGGUGAAGGGGGUGGUCGGCAGUACUACGAUGAGGAGGAGGAGGGUGAAGAUGACGAGUGGAUUCGGGACAUGGAGCGGCGGAUGAGGCGGGCGAAGAUCACCGACGACGAUGACGAUGACGACGACCAGGACUCAUCCGCCAGCGACUUUGACUGA